UUUUGUAACUUUCAGCGACAACAUCAACACAUAAACAUUCCGACAAAAAUAUCAGUCGAUCGGCAACUCUUGAACCAAGCACGUCGCUUGAACAAACAUUUAAAGUGUUAUCGCAUAAUUUCCUCACCGCACGGUUAUUAAAUAACGCAUCAUGCACUCCAAAAUAAUUAUUUACAUAUCCGCAGUUGUUUUAUUGGCAAUCACUGUUGACGCUGCCUUUGAUGCUGAUUGCGCGAGAUGCUUAUGUCACGUCCAAACAGGAUGCAAUUCGAAACAUCCAGCAGGUCCCUACAAAAUCAGCUGGCCUUAUUGGGCGGAUGCCGGCAAGCCAACUGUCAACGGAGAAGAUCCCGAUUCGGAAACUGCCUUCAAAAAUUGCGUCAAGAGCGAAAAAUGUAACUUUGAUGCUGUCUCAGGGUACAUGAGAAAUUUCGAGCAGGAUUGCGAUGACGAUGGAAAUGUAGAUUGCUUGGAUUACGUAAAGACGCAUGUCUUUGGCGGGUAUGGAUGUCAAGGAGACUUGCCGAAGCAUUUGCAGAAGAAAUUCGACGAUUGCAUCGCUGGAAAUGCUUAAAAAAUUAAAAUUACGAGAAAAAUAAAGGAAAAAAGUAUUUUCAUGUUUUAGAUUAAAUUUUAUUCUUCCAUCAUUUUCUGUAGCGACUCCUAAACUGAGUCUCCAGUUUUUUUUUGUGAAUCAAUAUGUGAGUGUAAUUUUCAUUUAUUUUAUUUUUUGUGUUCAGUGUUUUAAUUUUUUUUUCAUGAAUUUGUUCUUAAAUUCUUGUUUUUAUCUCGAUUUUAUGAAUUUUUCAUUUAAAUUAAGUUUUUUUUAAAUAUUUUUUUUUUUCAUUAAAGAUUUAUACAGCGAUUCUUCUUAAAUAAUUGGAUUUUUAAUACAUUAUUUUUUAUUAUCUCAUCAUUUUUUCAGAGCUUAUCGGCAUAAACUUCCACUUUUUUCCUAACAUCGAUCUUUGAAUAUCUUGGCGGGAACAGGAAAUAAAGGAAAUUAUGUUUCAUUCACAUAUUUUUUUUAAAUGUCGCUCUUUUCGUGUAAAUACAUUCACUUAUUAUAAUAUAAUAUAAGAUAAUAAAUUUAAUCGAUUAUUAU